AUGUCCACUGAUCAUCGCCUCAAGGCGCUCCUCCAGUCCAAGUCUCCAACCUCGCCAAACGACGUGCGCCUUCUCGCCACGGCAAUCUCCUCUCCCUCCCAAAAUGAGUCUGGGCUAGCGCUUCUAGCUCUCUCAAAGGUCGUGGACGCAUCAAACGCGCGAGGAGGAGACGAUGCAGCCCAAGCCGCGCGGAUCAAGGAUACGUUCAAUCCGCUCGUGUCCGACGCCGUUUCCCAGGGUGCCGACGACCCGGCGUCGUUCGUCCCCGCCGUCUCACUCCUCGCGGCUCUGGCACCACUCGCUCCAGCCGGCACCGUCGCCCUCGUCACUCAGUCGCUAGGCAUUAACAGCAAGGAAGAAGCGUCGGACAUCGACCCACUCGGCGUGCUACUCGAACUUGCAGAGCUCCCGUCACCUCUCCAACCUGCACUUGCGGCUCUGCUCUCAGCUCUGGCUGGCACUAAGGCUGGGCGCGGGAUCGUGCGCGACCGCGCCUUCGAGUAUCUGAGCGCUGCGGUCGACGCCAAAGACCUUGAGGGGGAUACAGGUGUGCUGUCCGCUGUGGCCCUCAGCAAGCUCGGUCGGCCGGACCCGCAAGUCGGCGAGCCCGAGGAGCAGAGGCUUGCGCGCGAUGAGCAGUCGCUCGAGGGCGAGGUGCAGCUCGCCCACACGCUCAUGGGCCACAUCAAGAGUGUGUCCUCAGCACAGGCCAUCCUGCCCACGCUUGAGGGCUUGAGCGUGCUCAGCACCCGGCCCGCUAUUCGGGACGUGCUCUGUUCCGAUGCUGACUUCCUCAAGGCCUUCCUCGCCCUGUCUCCCGUUCCCCAACCCAAGGGCGGCUCCCUCCCCGUCACGCCGCGGUCAUCCAUGGGCUCUCUAGAUGAGGCACUCGCUCCAGUGGACGCGGCCCUCUGCUUCGGUCUCGCGACCGUGCUGGCACACCUCGUGGCACGCAAGCCCGUACUCUCAGAGCACGACCAGCAAAUGGAGCGGUUGCGCCGCAUGGCCAUCAGCGGCAAGACCGCUCUCGAGGCCGAGGACGAGGACCCCGCGGAGCGUGACGAUGCGGUCGAGAAGCGCGUCGUAGCCCUGCUCAAAGCGCAGGUUAUCCCGGCACUUAGCGGCAUUGUACGCGCCGAGUCGCCUCGCGUACGUGAUGCCCUGGCGAGGAUAUGCCUCGGAUUAGUGGAGGAGCGUGCACACCGUGCCCCGUUCAUCCGUGACGGUGGCUUUAAGGUGCUCACUAUCGUCUUGCGCGACUCUACGCAGGGUAUGGCUGCACCGCAAGCGCUCGCGAAGCUCGUAAUCACGACACCGCCACAGCUCCUCUUCCCUCCUCCGCAUCAGACGAACGCGCUUAACGCCCUCGCUCCACUGUAUACGCUGCUCGUCUCGCAGGAAGCGAGCCUGCUGCAACAGUUCGAGGCGCUGAUGGCGCUGACGAACCUCGCAUCCGUCGACGGGCAGUUUGGUGCGCGCAUUGUCGAUGCCAAGGUUGCGACACCGGAUGAUUUCAAGGGCCGUGGACGCGACGACACAAAGGUCAUUGACAAGGUCGAGGAGCUGAUGCUCGACGACAACACCCUUGUGCGGCGUGCUGCGACCGAGCUUGUGUGCAACCUCGUCAACUCGGAAGCCGGCUUUGCGCACUUUGCGGGCGAGGCUGACGGGAAGGAGUCCAACAUCAAGGUAGAGAACGGGGGGAAGGCAGUGCGCUCGACGGCGCGACUGGGCGUCCUCCUUCUUCUCACGGAUGUGGAUGACCUCCCCACCCGUCUCGCUGCCAGUGGUGCGCUGGCCAUCCUCACGGAAUCACCUAAUGCAUGCUCGGCGGUUGUGGCCGGUGGCGCGAUCUCAGGUUCCCAUCGCAGUGUGUGGGACCGUCUCGGUGACCUAUUCGAGCCUGGCGGCGAGCGUCCAGACGUCGAGGACGCCGACGGACAGGUAAGCGCGGUGCAGACCAUCUCGUCCGCGCCGCCUGACGUGGGGCUCGCGCACCGCGGUGCGGUCAUCGUCUCCAAUCUUCUCGAGUAUGUCCGCGAACUGCCCGAACCGGAGGAGAAGGCGGCACGAAAAAGCAUCGCGGAGAGCAGACUCGAGGAUCGUCUUACUGGUGCAGCCAGGACGCUCGCCCAGAGCCGGCAGGACGAGAGUAUGCAGGUCGCUAUGAUGCUCGCGCGGACCAAGAAGCUGUUCGUAGGGUGA